ACAGCACCAGCUGAGGCACCCAAGAGGAUUACCCCCUUUGCCCCCCUCCCACCCACCCCCCAAAAAAGAGAAGAUCCCCUCCCCUGGCCCACCCCUUCCCCUCUUCCCUCCCCCCUCCCCCCGAACUUUCCCUCUCGCAUGCUUUUCCCCUGCACCACGGAUCGCCUCUCCGAUGCCGCUUGCCUGGAAGCUGCGUUAGGAGCGAGCGGCGGCGGCGGCGGCGGCGGUGGCGGCGGCGGCGGCAGCUCGGGAGUGCUAUGACCGGCAAACUCGCCGAGAAGCUGCCGGUGACCAUGAGCAGUUUGCUAAACCAACUGCCUGACAAUUUGUACCCUGAGGAGAUCCCCAGCGCGCUCAACCUCUUCUCUGGCAGCAGCGACUCGGUGGCCCAUUACAAUCAGAUGGCUACAGAGAAUGUGAUGGACAUCGGUCUGACCAACGAGAAGCCCAACCCGGAACUCUCUUACUCGGGCUCCUUCCAGCCAGCCCCCGGCAACAAGACCGUGACCUACUUGGGAAAGUUCGCUUUCGACUCCCCUUCCAAUUGGUGCCAGGACAACAUUAUUAGCCUCAUGAGUGCCGGCAUCUUGGGAGUGCCCCCGGCCUCAGGGGCGCUCAGCACGCAGACAUCCACAGCCAGCAUGGUGCAGCCGCCGCAGGGAGACGUGGAGGCCAUGUAUCCGGCGUUACCCCCUUAUUCCAACUGCGGAGAUCUCUACUCGGAGCCCGUAUCUUUCCACGAUCCCCAGGGCAACCCCGGGCUCGCCUAUUCCCCCCAGGAUUACCAAUCGACCAAGCCAGCCUUGGACAGCAAUCUCUUCCCCAUGAUUCCUGACUACAACCUGUACCACCACCCCAACGACAUGGGCUCCAUUCCGGAGCACAAGCCCUUCCAGGGCAUGGACCCCAUCCGGGUCAAUCCGCCCCCUAUCACCCCUCUGGAGACCAUCAAGGCGUUCAAAGACAAGCAGAUCCACCCGAGCUUCGGUAGCCUGCCCCAGCCGCCUCUCACGCUCAAGCCCAUCCGGCCCCGCAAGUACCCCAACCGGCCUAGCAAGACCCCGCUCCAUGAGCGGCCCCAUGCGUGCCCGGCGGAGGGCUGCGACCGCCGCUUCAGCCGCUCGGACGAGCUGACCCGGCAUCUGCGUAUCCACACGGGCCACAAGCCCUUCCAGUGCCGGAUCUGCAUGCGGAGCUUCAGCCGAAGCGACCACCUCACCACUCAUAUCCGCACGCAUACGGGCGAGAAGCCCUUUGCCUGCGAGUUCUGCGGGCGCAAGUUUGCGCGCAGCGACGAGCGCAAGCGCCACGCCAAGAUCCACCUCAAGCAAAAGGAGAAGAAGGCGGAGAAGGGGGGAGCUCCCUCCGCGUCCUCGGCGCCCACCGUGUCUCUGGCCCCCGUGGUCACCACCUGCGCCUGAGGCUCGGGCCCCCAGAUCCCCUCUUUUCCCUUCCAGUGCCUCCCGGCUGCUCGCCUGAAGGCAGCGGGAAAGCCAGCCACGGAGGCUCAAGGGCCGCGCCCUGGCCUCUCCAUGGACGUGCGGCCCCUUGCACCCCUUCGAUGCCCCCCAUUCCCAUCCUUUCACACCGGCCAGCGGUCGAGGGCCAGGCUGGAGGCGCCUUCCCCUCGCUGUCCCCCACUUAGCCAAGGCGUGGGGGCGGAAAGGUGGCGUCUAGCCCGCUUUGUUCAGUUGGGAUCGCCUUGAUCCAGGGGCCGCUGGGCCGCGCCAAGGACCUGCGGGGGGACUGAAGGCGGGGCCCACCCAACCCUCGCCCUACCCAAGCACCUCACUGAUUCCCCCCUGUGUGUCUCUUCCCCCUCGAAGACCCGAGAGGGGGAGGGGGUAUGGAGCGCACC